AUGACUAGCGAAUGUACUUCAAUGGGGGUUGGAAGUUUGGCGAAGUUGAGGGGUAAAACGUGGCGAACGUUCGUCGAGCGGUCGGAUAAUGCACCGACUUUUGCUUCCGAAGAGGAGGACGUUGGUGAACAGACGGUAGGAGAGCCUGGCAACGGCAGACUGCACGGCUUUGCAGCGGCACCCCAAACGCAACCACCGACGCACCACUCUAUUCUGGGAAGGCAGGCGGGAUGUGGGACCUUACGCAGCAGCAUACAGCAGCAUCGCAACCGUGGCAGUGUGAUGCGCCUGGAUAGGGCCGACAUGGGUCUGUACGGUAUCUGCCCCGAGACGGACCCAUUCUAUGCGGUGAUCUGUGAUAUUUGUGGUAGUGUGGUCAAACCGCAGGGAUUGCAGAAGCAUAUGAGCAAUCGGCACUAUUCCUAUUAUCACCACGCUUCCAAAUUGAACGCCAAUGGAAGCGCCACUGGGUCGGCGGCGUCGUCCACCGCCAGCACAAGCACGGCCGGUGGCGGAAAUGGAAAUGUCGGUGGAAGCAGCACUUGCAGCAACAAUCGUAGCAACAGCACUGAUCAGUCACUAGCCACUAGUGCGGCUUAUGUGUCGUCGGGAGAAAAGACUGAUUUUACCAUCCGCAUCAGCACGUCCGCGGACGGAGUAGCGCGUGCGGAAACUAAAUUAUCAUUGUCGUCUUCGUCAUCGUCCUCGUCGUCUUCGUCUUCGUCAUCGUCUGUUUCCAGUUCCUACUCUUCUUCUGGAGCUGGCAUCAACUCUUUGCGUCAUCAUAGCGAAAACGAGGUGCCAAGUGGCGACCAGGAAUCGUUGACAAUAGUCGUUCCAUCAUCCAAGGUACGCACCAGCACCGGAAGUGGAAGUAAAGUGAAGAGUAAAAAUGCCAAAUCGGUACAUUCAUCGAAAUCGUCAUCCAGCUACGGGUCAUCCUCAACGUUGUCGUCCUCGUUCGCUAAAACGUCCAUCACGCCGACCACGGUCGGUGAUGUAACAGCGGACUUCGGUCGUGACGCAUUUGCCACCGGAAACGGGGCCAUUGGUAGCGGUGGAGUGCCAGUAGUACUAAUGAGCAACUGUUCCGUGGUACUAGACAAGAAAGGAACCUUUCCCAUCGCCACGGACGUAACUGCUUCGUCGAAAUCUUCAUCGAAACGAGGUUCUUCCAAGCUAACAUCCUCAUCGUCCUCAAGCUCGUCACCAUCAUCGUCUUCUUCGUAUUCUUCGUCGAGCAGCAGCAGCAGUUCGAGUAGCAGUUCGAGUAGCAGUUCCAGUAGCGGGUCGAACAAUGUGGUCGGUGCUGCUCAUAAGGGUUCAAGCGAGAGAAAAACCGACCGUUCGCGAGAUUUCGACCCAGAUCGACAUUGUGGCGUUGCCACACCGGAUGGGAAGAAACACUGUACGCGACCACUGACGGCUUGCAAGUCGCACACGCUAUCGCAGCGUAAGGCAGUGCAGGGCAGAAGUAAAAAUCUGGAUAAAUUAAUGGCCGAAUUGCGUACGCCAAGUGUCCCCAAGGAGGACAGCGGUGCGUCAGGAGUUUUCCUAGAGGUAAUCGAAUCGAGCAGCAAUUCCUCGACCGGCUUCGAGGGCGAUCGCAGCCGUAGCGGGGCAGCAACGUCCGGAGUGUCCGGAACAUCGAAUGAAAGCAUCGUCCGUUCUACGACACCAAUGCCGGGUGUAGGCAGCGGAAGUGCCGAGAUGUCAGCGGCAGGCAGAAUUGUUAAUGACGCGGUAGUGAAAGUGACUCAGCUAUCCGGCCACAGAAGUGGAAGUCCGGCUACAUCGGCGCUACAGAAAGGUGCUCCCAGUAGCGACAGUAAAAGUGAGCGAUCGAAACACAAAACAUCAUCUCGCACACAUGGUGGUGCGGAUAGAAGCGGAACGACGGCUCAUCAGGGUCACGGACAGGGUAAGUCGAGUUCACACCAUCACCGCAGUGUCGGUUCCACGAAACAAGGACAAUCGCGAGAAUUUUCGAUUGGAGUGACGACAGCAACUACCAUGGCGACUACGACAACGCUUGGUCCACAGCAACAACCACAACACAAGUUGCCGGCAACGGUAGCAGCUUCGCAGCUAUCGUUGCCUCAAGCCAUCGUUCACCAGCAGGUGACACAGCCGGUGUCGUUGUCUCAACAACCCCUUCUCAUGGCCACCAUGCCGCCCGAGACGCUCGCACAGCAUUUUAUGGACGAAUCUCCCAGUGCCGGCUUGCCCGAACAGACGACGAUCGUAAUGGAUCCUAGUACGAGUCUGCUAAAGCUGUCCGUUGCACCCGGAACGUUACACGCCACUGCUGAGGGUGAUCUUUCGCAGCAGCAAUACACCACCUCUGUCUCCAAUAAUAGCGUCAGCCUGCAGGACCAGCUGACUGUCACUCUGCCACUAUCUGUGAUAAACUCCAUGAACCUUUCUGGUACCAAUCUGGUGAAUAUGGCACAUGGGACCACUGACGGUACUGGGACUGCCAACGCAGCGGCCCGUGUGCUUUCCACUGCUGCAGCUUCGGCCACACUGCUAGGGGCCGGAAUUGAAGCAGUGGGAGUUACGCCACAUACGGCGGAGGCCUUCAUUCCGGCCGAACUGAUUGAGCAGCUCCCUCUGGUGGCCGGUGCUGGAACUGAGAUACACGAUCCGUACCGCUUGACUGCCACUGGAGGCGGGCCCGCAGUUGCCGGAGGAACUGUGGCAACAGGAGUUUCGGGUGAAGGGGAAUUGGCUGAUCUGGCGGUGCUGCCGAACUUUAGCGAUCAGAUCAACUACACGCUUCAAACGCUUGCCCAAAACCUACAGUCCGCUGAACCGCCGGCCGAUCUUGUCGACAGUAUCGAUGAUAUCGUUCCCACGAUCAAUCUGCUACCAGCGGCUGCCAAUCCGCUCGUUAUGCCGCAGCUGCAGGGAGAGCUGGGCGAUUCCAUUAUCCUCACGCCGACACAGUUAACAACGCUGUCGCAAUCGCUGGUCGAUCAGCACUUUAUCGACAACAUGACACUCAAGUCGGCAGAAAUGGAAAUUGGACUGACGGUGAACGGUCCGGUCGAUAUAUCGAAGCUGAUGCUGCUGAAGAAGGUCGAUGAGGAAUUCGUGAAGGAACGCCAGCAACAGCAACAGUCGUCCCAAGCGUUCACGGCUCUUGAACAGCUCGAUGAAGUGCGCGGCAUACGAAUGUGGUACAGUUCGUUGCCCAAACCGUUGCAUGUGAACAAUUUUCAACUCCGCCGGCUUGCCGGUGGUUUCGUUAUGAAUCGCAAACUUCUCGCCUUGCGAAAAAAUCUUCUUAGCGAAGCGAGUGGCCUUGGCAGUGGCAACGGAAUAACGGGAAGUGGGACAUCCCAGCAGCAACAGCAGCAGCAGCAACAACAACAGCAGCAACAACAACAUUCACCUACAAUAGGUGGCCGCAGCACGGGCGGUGGGUCCGACAUUCUACUCUCUUCGCUUUCGUCCUCCAAUAAGAUGGGUAAGCUGGGAAACGAAGGCGCUGGCAUGAACGGUGUUGGUGGCGGAAGCAUGUUGGGCAGUCCGACGGGUGCCGGAGGUGGGAUUGGUAUACGAAACGCCACUGGACCAUUCAAUCGUGGUCAGCGCAGGACGCUAAUUGCGCAGCCCCGUAGCAACGCAGGCACAGGACAACGGUCGGAAAAAGCUUCCUGUUUGCUGAGCAACACAUACUUUCGAAAUUUAAUCACUUCAAUGCAACAAAAUCAACAUCAAUCUCCCGCACAUUCCAAGGGAGGACACUCCUUUGCCGAUGGAGUCAGCAGCUACGCGGCUAAUCGUGCGCACUCCUUAAAACGAAGCGCUUCUUCGCUGACUACACUAUCGAACAAAAGGCUAAAGAUAAUUAGUAAUCUCCACAAUUCGACCGCUCCACCCCAGCUGUUGCUGCAGCGUAGUGGCAAGGUAAAGCCGAAGGUAUUAUAAUUGGUGGUUACAGUGUACGAUGAUUGUUGGGCGAUGGAUUGAUGACUAAUGCUUGCAAGUCUGUCAACAGAUUUAAGCCUAAAACCAAAAUGGACUGGACAGGACUGAUUACUCUAUAAAACGAAAACAAAACAUUUUCCGAGUGUUGCAUAGGUAAGGAAAAAGCGUGUAUUCUUUUCCCACAGUUAGAAUAACAUAAGAAAAAUGUCUAGCAAACAUUAAUCUCUGCCUCUUCGACUACCUUAAAUAUCCACGAUAAAGCCGCGUGCGCUUAUGUUUUUUUAGUGUUCGUUCUCUUCUUUACUUCGAACUGGCUACCAAACCAUACUGAAACCGUCGAUCAAAAAGCAUGUAAUACAAUUUGCUUCUAAGUUGGAAACAUGCUCAUAUAGCCACGGAACACUUGAACCUACAAUUUGACUAAUCACUGAAAGUGUGUCGUAAUUAUGCUCUCCGGGCGAUUCAAUUGUGUCACGAUCAAACGCUAAACAUCUGGCCACCAAGCAGCGACGGAUCUUUAUCUCCAAUUACAGUCGUUAUGAAGACGCAGAAUAGGACGUUGGUAUAAAUAGUUAAAUCAAAAACGGUAUAGUUUAUAGGGACAUUGAUGGUGCAUGCUGUAACCUAUUUUGACGUAAUGCCUCUUCUUCCUAACGUAAAAGAGUGGCAAAAUUUAAAGAGAAGUGUGAUAGUUAGUUUUUUAAGUUCAAUUAUGUAUGCUAGGCUACGUAUAAUGAUGUACACUAUGGAAGCAAACAGAGUAAUACAGUAAUAUAAUUCAAAACAAUAACAAAAUACACAGUC